GCGGCGAGUUUAAGAAGCUAAACAAUUAAUGAGUUUACCAACUUACAAUAACAUGUUGUUUCAACUCUUACAAAGUGUACCAACACACGCGUUGAACUUUGCAGUAGCUAUACUUAACAUUUGUUGCCAGUUUGGGAUUUGCCUCAACCUGGAAGAUUUGUCUGUGCUCCGUCGUUGGAAACAGUUCCAUUUGCUACUAUGCUAAUUUAGCUAAAGAACAUAGUGGUCGGUUUUUGGCAGAUUGACCCAACAUUUAUCCUCAACAAGACUGCAGAGAUACGGUACUUAGUUUGCUAACUUGCAAACUUCACAGUAACCAUUACACAGCUUUUAUUAACGCUACGUGUAUGUCGACAUUAUGGGAGAAAAGGAACUGAGCCUCAUUGACAAGAAAAUAUCAAGCCUGCUGAAAGUCCCACUGUUACCUACUAUAACAUCACUGAAUCUGCACUGCAACAACAUCCCAAGGAUCGAGGGCCUGACCUCAGCUUGGCAGCUACGACACUUGGACCUUUCCUCCAAUUGCAUUUCACAGAUUGAGGGUCUUAGUUCCCUCUCUUCUCUAAGGACUUUGAAUUUAUCCUGCAACUUAAUCACCAAGGUUGAAGGACUGAAUGGCCUUGUAAACUUAACAAGAUUAAACCUGUCGUACAAUCAGAUAAAUAACCUUACAGGCUUGUUAUAUCUUCAUGGAACGGAAUAUAAGAUGAAACACCUUAGUCUCCAUAGCAAUCACCUGGACAGCAUCGAUCAUCUACUGCAGUGCCUGCUGGGAUUACAAAGUUUGAAAGAGGUCACUUUAAGCAAAGAUGGCAGAGACAACCCUAUCUGCAGGUCACCAGGUUAUCGAGAGAUUGUUAUACAGUCAUUGCCUCAGAUCUCCGUUCUAGAUGGCCUAGACCGCCUUGGAAAUCCAUCGCAUUUAAGUAUAGACAAACUAGAACUACUCCCUGGUUUAGAGGACUACGUGGACCUCCUGUUUUCUUCGGAUACUAGUCAGCAUGACGUGGUUAAAGGGAAUAGUCUGACCACACCACACAUCGAUCAGGCGCUGACCCAGUUUCGUCAGAGGAUUGCCUCAGAAGCAAUCACAGAUCCAGCCCCACAACUGGAUCACAAGCACUUCCAGCAUGCAGCCUCCACUGUGGCUGAGCCAGCAGACCCUCAUAAUGAAGAACGCCUCAGGAAACUGGAGCACCAGGUGUCCAGGCUCAUCCAGCAGGCUCCUGCCAAGGACAAACCCAGUACUACUAUCCAGUCUGUGGUGAAGGUGCAGAAAGCAAAAAGGGACACAGACCGCACAUCAGAGAGUGAGUGUGACAGCGGGAAGGAAAACAGGAGGCGCACCAGGAUUCCCAAGCAUCGUAAUAGCAUAGCAACAAGGAUGAGCCCAAAGGAGACAAAGAACAGGAGAUCUGAUAGCGAUCAGGAGAAUCAUAAACAGAAGACUUCAAAGUCGGCUGUAGGGCCUAGGAGGAAGGCUGGCAGCACAGGGGGUGUAGACACAGUGGGGCCACCGAGGAGAGGACCUUUGAGAUUUGGCGAAGCCUCUGGCGCUGCGAAAACCAAGUCUUCUGGGGAGGAGGAAACCUACAGGACUAUUGUGGAAGAGCGUGACCAGGAAAGGGAGAGACGUUGGAAGGCGGAACAGGCAGUAAGGAGACUUACAGAGGAGCGAACAUGCCUACAGGCGAAGGUCAGCGAGGAAAAAGACCUCCAGAGUUUGGCCCUGCACACCACAGACAGACUGAAAGAACUGUUGCUAAAGGAACGAUCGAGCUGCUCUGAGCUGCAGACUCGUGUGGAGGAGCUGGAGGGGAGAUGUCUGUCCCUAACCCAGCAAGUGGAACAGGCCCGCAGCAGUGAAGAACAACACAAGGCUGCACUGCACACACUGGAGGAAAGUAUCUCCCAUGGAGAGGCACUCAGGGCUUGCCAACAAGCUGAGGAGAUGAAGAGGUAUCAGGAGCUGGAGAACAAGGCAGCAGCUCUGAAGAGGGAGUUGGACAUCCAGAGAGCUUCAGUACGUCAACACAAAGACAAAUUACAGCAGCUGCAUGAACUGUUGGCAAGCAGAGAACAAGAACACAGGAAACAGCUAGAAUUACGCCUACAGCCUGGUGGGGCAGAUUUUCGUGAGGCAGUGGCAAAGGAAGUUGCCUCAGUGGAACAGAGACAUGCCCACAGAGAGACAGAGCUGCAGGAGAAACUGGCAGAGGGGAGGAGACAGUAUGCUGCUUUGGAAGACGAGUUCCGCAUGGCAUUAACCAUCGAAGCUACACGCUUCUCUGAGGUAAAGCAAGCAUGUGAUCUGAUGACUGCAGAGCUCAUGGAGCUAAAGGCAACCCUCACCCAUUCUCAGCAGAGAGAGAAGAAAUCAGCGUCCUUAGUGCAAGAGCUCACAGCUAUGGUCAAAGAACAGAAGAACCGCAUAUCAGAGCUCAUCAAAGCCAAGAGAGACGCUGUCGCUGAUCUAAAGGGCCGUCUGCAUUCUUUGGAAGCAGAGGUGGAGCAGGACCGCCGUCUUGGUCUGCAGCUUGAGUUGCUUAAAAAAGACAAGGCGAGGCUAUUGUCUCAGCUCACAGCUCAGGAGUCAGUGAUAGAUGGUCUCCGGGCAGAGAGGCGAAUCUGGGGCCAGGAGCUGGCUCAGCAAGGAGCAUCUUUAGCACAGGACCGUGGACGCCUGGAGGCCAGGAUAGAGGUACUGGGGACCGACCUGGAAAUGCAGAAAAAACAGAACGAAAGGGACAAUGAUGCUCUCAAGAUCAAAGCCAAAAUCAUCGAUGACCAAACAGAGACCAUCCGCAAACUCAAAGAGGCCCUGCAGGAGCGUGACGAGCGUAUCCGCAGGCUGCAGGAGGAGGCUGUCCAGGCCCAGAAGAUGUUCCAGCAGCAGCUCGACAAAGAAACAGCCCUGCUGGCUGAGCUCAAGGAACGACUAGAGCAUCUCAGCUUGCGUAAAGAGGAGCUGAAACAGCAGCUGGAAGAUAAGGAGGUGGAGCUUGAGGAGGUCAAAAAAGUUUACAGUGAUUCCAGUAAGAAGUGGCAAGGGAAGGCAGAUCUGCUCACUCGCCUUGAGAGCCAGGUGAAACGCAUGAAGGAAAACUUUGAUUCCAAGGAACGUUUGCUGCUGGAAGAAAGAGAUAAAGCAACAGAAGCACACAAAGCUGCGGUAGAGAAGCUGCACUGCGUGGAUGAUGCAUUUCGUCGACAACUGGAAUCUAUCCAAGUUUCUCAUCAAGCUGAGUUACUACAACUGGCAAAUGAAAAGCAGAAGCAGAUAGAACAUGCCAACCAGAAGGUAUUUGAAGUGGAGGAGGAGAUGCGUCAGCUGCUGGAGGAGACUAAUGCUAACAAAAGAAUUAUGGAAGAGAAAAUGAAACGUCUCACCAGUGUACUGAAAGACUUUUAACGUUAAAUUCAGACUGUUUAGCAGCUACGGUAACUCAUUUAAAACACUGAAGGACAGCUGUGUUUUCAACAUGUAUCCAUCAACUUUGAUCGAUUUUGUAUGUUAAAUUGUUGUUAUUAUGAUUAAUUAAUAAAUUAUUU